AGAUUUUGGUCCGCCACCGUAUGUUUAAAAAUACGUUUCAUCCAUUAUAUAGCUGUUAUGCUAUUACUAGGGUACACACUAUUUUCUAAAUUAUUCGAUUCUCUACCACCUAGUCAACUUAUUUUGGUCGUCGUGGAAAUUCUAAACGACCGUGUGGUAAAUUAUAUGAUCGCUAUUUUAAUAAUCGAAAAGGAAAAAAAUUUACCUACGUGUUCAAACACACCAAGAGGCAACGACACGAGUACAAAAACAGACCUUUCCUGAACUGGACGAAAUUUUAUCCAAAAAAAUUCAAGUUUGGCGGAAAUAUAAUGAUAGCCCACUAGAGGAAAUUGUGGAGAAGUGGAAAACGACACAUCUAUAUAGAAAUAUUUAUCUCAUGAAUUCAUUGGAAAGAGGGGAAACGAUAUCCGCAUUUAUAAUCGAAUGGCCUUUGUACAAACAUUGUGUUCUUGGACCACAGCUGAUCAAUUGUGAUUUUGAUAUACUCUAUCCGAACAAAGGAACAAAUUUGCAUACAAAGUGGGAAGAUUUCGUGCCAUUAAUAUACAGCUAUUAUAAGAAAAAUAAAAGGACAAAGUUUCCCGAGAAAUUUUAAUUCAAUUGGAAAAUCAAAACCUCGCUGCAGGUACAAGAACAACUCGUCGUUUAAAAGGGUAACUAUUCAGGAAGGAGUGGACAGUUUUUUAGUCCAUGUAAACUCUGCAUCAAAUUUGGAGGAAACAUUGGCCGAAAUAAGGGAACGUUUUUCGCACAAAAAUAAUACUUUGCAACCCAUUAUAAUAGCUACUGGUUCUAGUAUUAACUCUUUAGAUAUUUUUUUUGUACAUAUAUCUAGACGGAACCAAGCUCAAGUUCUCAUCAUUUUUGGCAGCUCUGGAUUUAUGUUUUAAAGUUUUUGAUGUACAAUAUCCUUUAUACUGUAAAGGUGUUUGGCUUUUUAUCCAAAAGUUUUUUUUUUUUUAAAUUGACACAAAAUACGACGAACAUCAGCCUAAAGUUGGUGGAUUGAAAUCUCAUUUGAAUUCGUUAUUAAAUAAAAAAUAUAAUGUAUUUUUGCUUUGUUUGUGAAUACAGAACUGAAACGGUUAAAAAGUUAAUAUCUCAUUUCAAUAGUGAACAUAAAUUGAAAAAUUUUGCUGUAUAUAAAUGUGCACAGAAAAACUGUUUGCAGCAUUUUUCAAGUAAAUGGUCAUUUGCAAAACACCUUAAUAGGCAUGAAAAAUAUGCUAAUGAUGAUAACUUGAGUUUAAAUAAUGUAAAGUCGAAUUCUGAAAGUUUCAACAACACUGACCGAUCAUCAUAUAACUGUACUAAGCCAGAAUCUCAUAUUUGUAAAACGGAUAACAAUCCAAAUGAUAAAAUUAUAGGAUCAGCUGUAAUAUUUUCAUGUGAACUAUAUUCAAAAAACUAUUUAAGUAGUAGUAUCCAAAAAAAUGUUUCGAAUAUAUGUAAAAUAUUGGUUGCUAAUAUUAAAGAUACACUUAAGAAUGAGAUUGAUAUUCCAUUAACUAACAAACUACGCGAAGUUUUUAAAUUAUGCUCUGAUCCACUGCAAUACGUAAACACUGAAUAUAAAUUUUUUAAGUACAUCCAGAGCAAAAAUUUGUUUCACAGUUUUUCUGAGCAUACUAUAAACAAUGAAAUUGUACCACGUAUCCGACUUGGAAAUCCCACUUUGGCUGAAACUAAUUCAAAAGCUUAUAUUACGCCAUUACGCUUUCAAUUUAAAAAAAAUUUCGAAUUAAAAUCUCUGCUUCGAAAAACAUUGAACAACACACAAUUCUUACAAAACCAAACGCAAUAUUCAAAUUUUGUAAAUGGAUCUAUUUUCAAGUCGAAGGAGCAAAAAAUUGGUAAAGGAAAGUUGAUUAUACCAUAUUUUCUUUACUCUGAUGAUUUCGAAACAAACAACCCUUUAGGAAGUCAUACAACAAAAGAUUCUAUACGCGGAUGUUAUUAUUCUUUUCCGACAAUACCGCAAUAUUUACUGUCUAGUUUGGAAUUUAUUUUAUUGUCAAAUCUUGUUAUUUGAAAGAUUUGGGAAGUAAUUCAGCCUUAUAUGGUCUCAUUCAAGAAAUUCGAUUUUUGGAAGAAACGGGUUUAGAAAUAAGUGCUGAUGGAAAUAGCUAUCAUUUUUUUUUUACAUUAGGACUUGUUCUAGGGGAUAACUUAGGUAUGAAAACAAUAUUUGGUUUUUGUAAAUCAUUUCGAUCGUACAAAUUUUGUCGUGUUUGCAGAAGAGGCAAAAUAUAUAGUUACAGAAAGAUGUAAUCGAAGCAAAUGAUUGUAUAAGAAAUAUACAAAAUUAUUCUGAAGAUCUUAAGUUAAACAAUUACAGUGUAGCAGGUAUAGUAGAAUAACGUAUAUUUAAUGAUAUUAGCACUUUUCAUGUUACUCAUAAUUUUAGCGUUGAUUAAUGCAUGGCAUUUUUGAAGGUAUUUGUCGCUAUGAAAUAACCCCAUCACUAUUGUACUUAAAAAAAAAAAAACUUUUCCUUAGACUUUUUAAACACACGCAAACAAAAUUUUAUGUACGGGGAAACCGAAAUAGGAAAUUUUUCAGGCCCGUUAAAAUUACACUGUCGUCUUAAGUCAAAUUUAAAAAUGUCUGCAAGUGAAACUUGAACUUUCACACAUUUUCUGCCACUAAUUAUAGGGGACAAAGUGCCACGAUAUGAUAAAGUGUGGAAGCUUAUCACAUUAUUAAUCAAAAUCAUUGAUAUUUGCCUAUAUUCAUCUUUCACUGAAAAUGACAUUGAACUCCUUAUAGAUACGAUAUCUCGUCAUCGCAAAUUGUAUUUGGAUUACUUAAGCCAAAGCACCAUUUCUUGGUCCAUUAUGGGUCGGCAAUAAAGGCUAGUGGGCCUUUGAAAUAUAUAUGAUGUUUAAGAUUUGAUGCGAAACAUACAGACUUAAAAAAAUAUACGUCUGUCAUAGAGCCGGAAAGCUAUCGAUGGUUGUGGCCACACCAUGUGUUAUUCAUAACACAGAUAAAAAACAAGUGAACGAAGACAAUACACGUACAAUUGAUUUUUUUGCAGUCAUGUAACUUAACAAUAGAACAUUUUACUUUAGCUGACUCAGUGACCUUCAAAGGAAGUGUUUAUAAAAAACACUUUCAUCUCUCCAGAUUUUUACAGUUAUAUAAAAUCGAAGGACUUCUAAUUGACAAACAAAAUCAACUGUUUAUUGUUUCUACCAAAAUUCAGUUGAAAAAAUUUUAUGAACAUUACCAAUCUUAUGUUGUUGGAAUAAAUACCAAUGAAAUGUGUUUUAAUUAAAUUGAAUUUUUUACUAGUCCUGGCAGAUGGUUCAGUAUAUCUACGAAAUAAAAUGUUGUGACUACUUAAAUAAUAUUUAUUUAAUUUAUUGUUAAACAAAAGUAAAAUGAAAAUGUAAAAUGUGAAAUGUGAA